CACAGCACUUCUCGCGCAUGCACAGUGGGCACCCGGCUGUCAAAGUCGGGUGCCCACAGUCUGCUCCCCCUCCCUCCCUAAAGGUCUGCAGUCUGUGGUCAUCCCCUGUACUGUCUGCAGUGUCUGGUCAUCCCCUGUACUGUCCCAGAGACUGCGGUCAUCUCCUGUACUGUCCCCGCAGUCUCUGGUCAUCUCCUGUACUGAACCCUGCAGUCUCUGGUCCAUCUCCUGUACUGUGUCUGCAGUCCCUGGUCCUUCUCCUGUACUGUCCCCGCAGUCUCUGGUCAUCUCCUGUACUGAACCCUGCAGUCUCUGGUCCAUCUCCUGUACUGUGUCUGCAGUCCCUGGUCCUUCUCCUGUACUGUGUCCGCAGU